AUGCAGCUGGAAGUCUUCCAAGAGGCGGCAGUGGCACGGGGCGGUGGAGCGAGGGCCCGUGAGUUACCCAGAGCCGGGGAGAGUGGCGCCCUACGCGCCUGGGCGCCGCCUAGCCGCGGGCGCGGAGGCAGCCGAGGCGCCACGGACGUCACCCUGAUCGCCUUGGCGACGGCGAGGACGGCCACGGAAGCGGCCGCAGCCGCGGUCGAGGCUUCAUUGGCCGACGACUUCUCCUCGUCGGCCCAGGACGACGGCCCGGAGCAGUUGCUCAGAAGCCAAGGCGCCGCCGCAGCCUUUGCAAUCACAGUUCAGCUUGCCAAGUCCGCGACUCCCCUCAGCGCGGUUUGCCAGUGCCUGGGCCGCCUUCAAGCGGCGCGGCGCAGCCGAAGCCGGGGCGGCAGCGUUGCGCCUUCUGCAGCGCGGAAAGCAUGGCGGGCGUCUGCGCCGGGCCGGGCGGCCGCGGGCGGGCGCCUGGCGCAGCUCAUCCGCAAGUUCUCCGCGCCCCUGAAGCAAGCUUGCGCGGCCACCUACGAACAAGCGGACGCGCGCGCGCCUCCAAGCCCACGCCGCGUCGGUCCGGCGCUGGCUGUGGCACAGCCCGUGGCGGGGGACGGCUCUUGCUUUUUUCGGGCGGCAAGGCAAACGGAAGAGGGCAAGGGAGACCAUCUCCGCGGUGGCAGCUGUGGCAAGAGCUUGGCGCCGGACGAGGCCGCUGCGGCAUGCUGGCACCACGAGACGCAGAAGCUUGGAUGUCUGCUGCCAAAUAGGCGGCUUCUGAACCUGUUCUUCACCGUGGCAGAGGAAAAGGCGUCGCUGCGUGUCCUAACCUGGAAGAACUUGCUUGCCGAGACCCGGCGCCUGCUUGCCGGGACCCGCCCUGGAAAGAACUUGGCACUUGGCUGCCCGGACUCGGCGCCUAUUCAGCAGUUCGACUAUGUGAUCGUGGGCGGCGGCACCGCAGCGGGCUAUGCGUGCCGGGAGCUGGCGGCGCAAGGGUCCACGGUCGGCAAGGUGGCAGUGGCGCCCCGGCGGCUGGCUGAGGUGACUGCCGAGCCUGUGGCACCCUAUGAGCGGCCAGCGCUCACAAAAGCGUAUUUGCACCCGCCGACAGCCAAGGUGCGCGCACGGCUGCCUGGCUUCCAUACCUGCGUCGGUGGUGGCGGCGAGCGCCAGACCCCGGAAUGGUAUGCCGAGAAAGGCAUCAGCUUUAUCCAGGGCAAGGCCACAUCCCUUGACCUGGAGUCCAAGGCCGUUAGCGUUGGGGAAGAAAAGAUUCAGUUCGGCAAGCUGAUCCUUGCCACCGGCUGCCGACCCGUGCGGCUUGGAGCCUUCGGCGUGAAGGGCGAUGACUUGGCAAAUGUGUGCUACCUCCGAGAGGAGAAGGAUGCUGCAGAGUUAGUAGCAACCCUUGAGAAGGGCAAGACCAAGGCAGUCGUGGUGGGCGGAGGCUACCUGGGCUUGGAGUGUGCGGCAGCAUUGCUGGGCUGGGGCGUGGAAACCACAGUUGUUUUUCCCGAGACGCACGUCUUCGCGCGACUCUUCGGCCCGGAGCUGGGUGCGUGGCUGGAGGAGCAAUUUAUCGCGCGUGGUGCGAAGCUCAUCAAAGGGGACACCGUCACAGAGUUCACCGGCGAGGGGGCCCUCGCCGGCGCCCAGCUAAAGUCUGGCGCCUCUUUGCCCUGCGAUGUGGCGGUGGUGGGUGUUGGUGGUCAGCCCAAUGUGGAGUUCUGUGAGGGGCUUAAGAUGGAGAACAAAGGAAUCCUGGUAGAUGCCAACAUGCAAACCUCGCAUCCAGAUGUUUUCGCCUGCGGUGACAUUGCCACCUAUCCCUCCCGCUAUGGAGGCACCACACGCAGUGAGAAUGUGGACCAUGCCAGGAAGUCCGCGGCCCAAGCGGUGAAGGCCGCCAUGGGCUUGAAACCAGAGCCCUACAGUUAUUUGCCCUAUUUCUACACGCGCAUCUUCGAGUACACCGACGCACCCAUCGUCUUCAACUUCUUUGGCGAUUUGCCAUCCCCCGCAUGGCUUGGAGAGUUGGGUUCGGGCAAAGUUGGUUGA